UGACGUCACUGUGUUAUUGCGGAAGCGCCGGUGCCGCUGAGCUAUUUCGCUCGUCAGACUGUUGUUGUCAUUGUUUGUAAAGAGCUUAUAUUCAUUUUUAGCCUUACAAGUUUUCUUUAGUAUUUUCCCGCUGAGCAUUUUGUAUCCUAUGGCCGCUCUGACGUACGCCGGCAUGGACGACACUGACAGUGACGAGGAGUUACCUCCCGGAUGGGAGGAAAGAUCGACCAAAGACGGAUGGGUUUACUAUGCAAACCACGAUGAGAUGAGGACGCAGUGGGAACACCCCAAGACCGGAAAGAAGAAGCGCUGUGCUGGAGAUUUACCAUAUGGAUGGGAGCAGGAAACCAAUGAAAAGGGCCAAAUCGUUUAUGUUGACCACAUCAAUAAGCGGACCACAUACUUCGACCCCCGCCAAGUGUUCACCGUGGAGGACGUGAUGAUAAAGCCCAAGCGCUACGAUGGAAACUCGACCGCUUUGGAAAUCCUACAAGGUCGCGACUUCUCUGACAAGGUGGUCCUGAUAACUGGCGGCAACUCUGGCAUUGGCUUGGAAACAGCCAGGUCCUUCGCUCUUCACGGGGCCCACGUCGUCCUGGCCUGCAGGAACCUGACCCGGGCCAACAAGGCCGUCCGAGGCAUCCAGGAGGAGUGGAAGAAAGCCCGAGUGGAAGCCAUGAUGUGUGACCUGGCGUCUCUCCGCAGUGUGAGAGAGUUUGCAGACUCCUUCAAAGCCAAGAAACUGCCUGUGCACAUUCUGGUGUGCAACGCAGCCGUGUGCACCCAGCCCUGGACUCUGACCCAGGACGGCCUGGAGUCCACCUUCCAGACCUGCCACCUGGGCCACUUCCUGCUGGUCCAGUGCCUGCAGGAAGUGCUGCGGCGCUCCGCUCCCGCCCGUGUCGUGGUGCUGUCUUCCGAGUCCCACAGGUUCACCGGCUUGGUAGACCCGUGCGGCAAGGUGGACAUGGCCCUGUUGUCUCCAGCACGCAAGGACUACUGGUCCAUGCUGGCCUACAAUCGAGCCAAACUCUGCAACAUUCUCUUCAGCAACGAACUGCACCGCCGCCUCUCUCCUCACGGGGUCACCUCCAACGCAGUGCAUCCUGGGAACAUGGUCUACACCUCCAUACACAGGAGCUGGUGGCUGAUGACCUUCCUCUUCACCCUGGGUAGACCUUUCAGCAAGUCAUUGAUCAGCGUGCCCUCAGGCUCUGACAGCAGCCCACACUCACCAGGUCUUGAUGGACACCACGCAGGCCAUGAGGUCUGGACUCUGUGAUGGAGCAGGGGAGCUCGGUGGUCUUCUGCGUUAGCCCCGGCGCUCCGGUCCAGCCCCUCGCUUCUUAGCGUGAUGAUUUCACCCUCGGGCGCCAGGCCACCUUUUUACAUAUGCACAAGCUGAACUUUGGACUCGCGGAUCGGAGUAAUGGGAGAGUCCUCCUCCUGCAGCGCUCACCUGCUACCUGCAGGGGCCUGAACCCUGCGGUGAUGGCAUUACCUUUCUUGCUCUGCCACGUGGAACGGCCGGUGUGGGGUUAGACGAUCUUGUAAUCCAGUCCUGCAGGAUGAUUAGGAGACAGAACCUUAGACUUAGUGAAUGGGACAUCAUUGACGCACACAAUCCCAUUUGGCUUUUAUUGACACCUGCACAAUCCUGUUCCAGGGAUUAUUGUCCGAGGAGAUAACGUUUCAUAAAGGAGAACCAACAGAGAUGGUCCGCUGGCGUUCUCCACUUUGCCCAGGCAAAGUGUGUCCAUGCUUUAUUGUGGAUGAUGUGAUGGAGAGCGUGUCCGGAUCAAUAAAGAAGCAAUCACAAGUGUGCUAGUGUAUGCAGUCGGUGGUGGCAUGCUGAAGGACAACUGUCAUGUGUGCACACAUGUGGACCUUGAUGGACUCCUUCUCACCUUCUACGCCCAGAAAAGUAUUAUUAUUGUUAUGCCUUCUAACUUGUAAAUAGACUAUAAAGCGCUCUAAAUGACAUCCAAACCUCCAACAUUUGAAGUAUAAAUGUAAUAGUAGCUUGUUUUAAGCACACAUUUCCUAAACGCAUCACAAUGUUCAGGCUUCCCUUCAACUACAACUACCGU